CGCUGAGCUUCUUGUUCCCUCCACGCUGUCAACAGUUAUUGUGAAAUCGCCUAGCCUAGUCCCUAGAUCGCCUGUCGGCAGUGAGACUCCCUCGCCAGGGGCUUGCGGAAACAAAGCUGAUGUGGGAGACUUUACACUUAACGUGAGUGGCAAGCAUUCUAGCAUCGAACAGUUUUAACAACUAAUUUCAUACCUAGUUUGAUGAUCUCCCACCCCUUGGCGUCGGAUCCGGUGUAAACCCUCACAAUGUUAGCCCGAUGCCAAUGUUGAGCCCACACCAUCGAUUUUACUUCUCCCAAGGAUUCAGCGUGCUCCCACCGCCUCCCGCUAGGUUUGUGCCAUCAUCUGGAAACCUGAUGCUUCAAUUUACACCAUCGUCAAUCUCGAAUCAGUCUGAUCCCGGUGUGCCUCGAGACACCGCAAGGAUUAGUGUCGGACCCCAAGCCUCAUCGGCAUGCUUCUCAUUUAAUCUCAACGGCUUCAGUCUUGGUUGCGACUCCAAGGAUUCUCCCUGCGUCUUCAACUUCACAGGACUGCGAUUCGAUCAACAAUCCCAGCAGGAGAAGGAAGUGGCUUGGCUAACGGUUGAUAUCUCAGCAUGCUCUGCCGCAGAUAACUGCGAGCUUGUACCAGUUGUUUUUAAGGGAUUUGACAACCUAACAUCAAUCCAAGUCGCUCUCAAGGCGGACGAGAAGGCCAAAGUCUGGUGGGCAGAUGAUCUCGCACUCGGAUGGUCUGAUAAUCAGUGCGAGAAGGCGGUUUGCCGAUCCAAAGUCCGCGAUUCCGUUCGCAAACGUGACGGAUUUUCUGGUGGUCGAAAGCCCAGAUCGAGACUAUUAGACUUUGCUCUGUUCCGUGGCUGAAUCGCCCAUGUUAGGCAGAGCGCUACAGGUGGGGACCCCCCUUUGAAACAUUCGACCUAGUCUGCUGCUUGCGAGGAAGUUUUCUUGAGAUGUAACAGGAGCCCAGUUGUAGAUGGAGUUAUGACUCCAUUCUACGGGAUAAUAAGUAUGUGAGAGAAAGUGGAGGAGAUGAAGUCCAACGUGAUGGGAUUUUUGGUCGGUUCUUUGUCCUCAUGUACUAUCAUGA